AUGGCAGAGGCGGCAACAACCGAUGCAUCUAGUUUGGUCGGAACGCUUCAGACAGAAGUGGAGAUUAAAGCUUCAGCUGAACAGUUUCAUGACAUGAUCACAGGGAGACUACAUCAUGUCCCCAAAGCAUGUCCAGGCAAAAUUCAAGGUUGUGACCUGCAUGAAGAUGGGGAGGAAAAGGUGUCAAAGGAGAGGGUCGAAGCAGUGGAGCCGGAGAGGAACUUGAUCACUUACAGGGUAUUAGAAGGUGAUUUGAUGAAAGAGUACAAAAGCUUUGUAACCACAAUCCAGGUGACCCCUAAGCAUGGAGGACCGGGGAGUAUUGUGCACUUGCACCUUGAGUACGAGAAAAUUAGCGAGGAGGUUGCUCAUCCCGAGACUCUCCUCCAGUUCUGUGUUGAACUCUCCAAAGAGAUCGACGAACAUCUCUUGUCUGAGUAG